GUGACGUAUGCGCAUUUCCGGUUUAAGUGUCGACGUCUCCAUGACACAGUUGUUUGGGAAAAGGAUUGUGUGUGUCUUCGUCAGACAUCUAAUCCAACCUUGUGUGGCUUCUUAGCGGCGGAGGGCACCGCGAGCAGCCGGCCGUGAUGGAGGCGGUACCCCGCAUGCCGAUGAUCUGGCUCGACCUCAAGGAGGCUGGAGACUUCCACUUCAGCCCGUCAGUCAGGCAGUUCAUCUUGAAGAACUACGGCGAGAAUCCCGACAACUACAACGAGCAGCUGAAGAAACUGGAGACGCUGCGGCAGAAUGCCGUGAACGUCACCAGAGACUUUGAAGGAUGCAGCACGUUGAGGAAGUACUUUGGUCAGCUCCAUUACCUCCAGAGCCGUGUUCCCAUGGCAACAGGCCAGGAGGCCGCCGUACCUAUCUCAUGGACAGAGAUCUUCUCUGGUAAGACAGUCACCCAUGAUGACAUCAGCUAUGAGCAGGCGUGUAUCCUCUACAAUCUUGGAGCGCUGCACUCCAUGUUGGGAGCCAUGGAUAACCGCGUGUCAGAGGAGGGCAUGAAAGUAUCAUGCACACACUUCCAGUGUUCAGCAGGAGCAUUCUCCUACCUGAGGGAUCAUUUCAGUCACAGCUUCAGUGUGGACAUGAGUCAUCAGAUCCUCAACCUCAACAUCAACCUCACACUGGGUCAGGCUCAGGAGUGUCUUUUGGAGAAAUCCAUGCUGGACAACAGGAAGAGCUUCCUGGUGGCUCGCAUCAGUGCUCAGGUAGUGGAUUACUACAAGGAGGCCUGCAGGGCUCUGGAGAACUCAGAGACUGCCUCCUUGCUGGGAAAGAUCCAGAAGGACUGGAAGAAGCUGGUCCAGAUGAAGAUUUACUAUUUUGCCGCCAUUGCUCACCUCCACAUGGGUAAACAAGCUGAGGAGCAGCAGAAGUACGGCGAACGGCUGGCGUACCUUCAGAGCUCCUUGGAAAAACUGUCUGAGGCAAUCAAGCUCGCUAAGGGUCAGCCAGAGAGCGUGCAGGAAGCCCUAAGUUUCACCAUGGAUAUCAUCGGUGGAAAGUUUAACUCUGCCAAGAAGGACAACGACUUCAUCUAUCACGAGACUGUUCCUUCUCUGGAGAAACUGACAUCUGUCAAAGGUGCCCCACUUGUCAAAGCGCUCCCAGUAAACCCCACAGACCCCAGUGUGACUGGACCAGACCUCUUUACCAAGCUGGUUCCCAUGGCGGUCCAUGAGGCCUCCUCCCUCUACAGUGAGGAGAAAGCCAAGCUGCUGAGAGAUGUUAUGGCAAAGAUUGACAGCAAGAACGAGACGCUGGAGCAGUUCAUGGACUCUCUGGGUUUGGAGCCUGAGUCUGUAGACACCCUGGACAUGUACAGCCACAUCCCUCCUGUCCUAAUGGAGAAGUGUGCCGCUCUCAGCGUCCGACCCGACACCGUCAAGAGCCUUAUCCAGGCCAUGCAGGUCCUCUCAGGUGUCUUCACUGAUGUGGAAUCGUCCCUAAGAGAGAUCCGAGAUGUUCUGGAGGCAGACGAGGCUGGCGAGCGAGCACUCCAGGAAGUUGUCCCCAAUGUAGUGGAGCCGCACCCAGUGUCACAGGCCCAAAUUCUGGCUGAGAUCCGCAGGGAUCUAGAGAAAUACAUGGAAGCCCACGAGAAGGCCAGUUUCACCAACACGGAGCUUCACCGGGCCAUGAACCUGCACAUCAGCAACCUGCGCCUGCUGGGGGGACCUCUGGAAAACCUUAAGGAGGCUUUGCCCCAGCCACAACUCAGUGAAGAGGAAGUGGCAGGGCUUCAGUGCAUGAAGCGGCUCCUGUCUAAGGUUCAGGAAAUGAGGGAUCAGAGAAGCAGUUUGGAGAAACAACUUCGUGAGCUCAUUCAACAAGAUGACAUCACAUCCACUCUGGUCACCAUCGAGCGAGCUGACAUGAAGCAUGUGUUUGAGGAGCAGCUGAAGAAGUAUGAGCAGGUGAAAGUGUACAUCGACCAGAACCUGACAGCCCAGGAGGCCAUCCUGAAGGCUCUGACCGAGGCCAAUGUUCAGUACGCAUCCAUCCGCAAGGGUCUCAGUCAAACAGAGCAGCAGUGGAACAGCAUGGUCCAAGGUCUGGUGGGCUCCUACGAAGCCUACGAGGACCUGAUGAAAAAGUCUCAGGAGGGCAAGGACUUCUAUGAUGACCUGGAGGCCAAAGCUUCACGUCUGCUGGAGAGAGCAAAGACUGUGUGUCAGACCAGAGAUGAUGAGCGGAAGCCUAUGCUUGACAAAGAACGCCUGAAAAAGCCUCCAGCAAGGCCCACAGCAGCGAAGCCCUCCUUGAAGCCAAAGUCUCGGGAUGAGGACUCAGCCUGCUCCAGUCUGGACGAUCCAGAGUUGGUCCAGCUCAACGCAGCAAUCUUGGCUUUAGGAGAGCAACCAGAGGAGCUACACAGCCUCCCACCUGUCAUUCCUCGUCUUCCCACCUCUGUGGCUCGCCUGACAGGUCCAGAAGCUUUUCUUCCCCCUGGUGGCAGCGGUUCUUUACCUUGGUCCGGUUCUUCAGCUCCGGGUCUUCCUCGAUUCCCAGCCAAUCUUCCUCCUCCAGAGCUUCUGGCACGGAUUGCUCAGUUUCCAACUUCUGGCGCCGUGGUGACACCAGGACCUUUGGCGUGCGCACCCGUUCCUCAGAUGCCUUCGCAACUACCAACGCAGGCACAUUAUAGGCCACCUGCUCCUCAAGUCCCUCAAGUUGGCCCAGUUUGUCCAGCUCCAGUUCGGCCCUCAACCACCACAGUGGACAGCAUUCAGGCCCCCAUCCCCAGCUACACUCCAACACCUCACCACCCCCUCCCACCUGCAGUUUCUACUGCUUAUACUGUACCCCCACAGAUCGGAGCAUACCCCCAGUUUGUUCCCCAAACGGGGGCUCAGACUAUGACACACCAGCAGCAGAAACCAGUUCAGCAACAGUACCCUCUACCUGUGGGGCAGCCAAUCCCCCCAAGCUUCCAGGUGGGACCCAGACCCCUUUCUGGCCACCACCCUCCUCUGCAGCCUUACCCACACGGUUACUUGCCCCACCAGUCUGGUGCCCCUCCACAGUACCCACAAACAUUCCCAGGUCACAUGCAGCCACAACCAAAUGGCUACCAGGCUCUGCCUCCAAUACCCCAAGGCUACCAGACCCCUCAGACGUAUGCCCCCCAUCAGCACUCUCAAGCAAUGCCAGGCUCCAUGCCAUGCCCACCCCAAGGCCUAGUGCCCCCACAAAGUGCUCCUCUUCAACUCCCUCCAACGUCUCAGACAACACCGCCUGUUUCUCAGCCUUACCUGUCCCAUCCAAAGCAGCAAAUUAGCGCGGGGGCAAUCUCUCACCACCACACCCCCAUGUCCCCUGGUGCACAGCAACUAGCAUCCCAUCCACAGACUAUCCAGCCCCCCCUUCCUGCACAGAUGCCACCUGCUCCUCACAUCCACCUUCCAAGAGGUCCCAUGGCACAAAUGCCCCCCCGGGGCCUAGCACCACAGCACCAUCCCCACCCAGGACAACAUUCCAUUCCAAACAUUUCCCAGCCUCCCAUGUCAAUGCCCAGUCAAAGCCAGGUCCAAGCCCACCACGCUGUGGGUGUUUGCUACCCUGGAGGGCCCCCCAUGUUGCCUCAGCAGCCCCUGGCACCCCAGCCCGUGGCCCCCCAACAGUCUUCUAUGUACCCAUCAGUGCCAGGCACUAAUGUGCCCCUAAGUGGUCCACAGUGCCCCCCUGCUAUAGGCCCACAUAGUCUACAUCCUCACACCCUGCCCCAGCACAUGGUCCAACCUUCAGCAGGACAGACAACCAUCCCCCCUGCCCCUUCACCUGUUCCCUCUACCGCCCCUUCACCAGGUCCCGCAUCUCUGGGUUUGAUGCCCCAGCCAAGACCCACUUCUACUCCCAACAUGGGGGGCGUCGUUCCACCCACUCUUCCCUCGCCCUCAGCAGCGUCUCCCUCCACAUCCCUGUUCCAGCGUCAGAACUCUAGCAACCACGACCUCCUCUCCUCCAGUCCAGAGAGUCAACCCGGGGGCACCAAGGCCCCCACCAAUGUCCUCCAGCCCACCAAAGCAGAUCCCCCAGAGGGGGAGCGGCGGAAGAAGGACGCCCAGGGAGUUCUCUUGAUCGAAAGUGACCCUUACCAAGCUCCAGAGGUCGUUGCCCAUCUUCACAGUGAAGUAGAACGUUUCAGAACCCGAGUGGAGUCCCUGGACGACCCUUCAGGGACGGACGGAGAGCUGUCGGUGCUCGAUGCCUAUUGGAAGGAGCUCCAGGAGCAGCAGGAGAAAAACGUCCGGCAGUUGUCCAUUGCUAUCGCCCGCUGCUACACCAUGAAGAACCGCCACCAGGACAUCAUGCCCUACGACCUCAACAGGGUGGUCCUGCAGUCGGGCAAAGACGACUACAUCAACGCCAGUUACAUCAAAGACUUGUCACCCUAUUGCCCUGAACUCAUCGCCACUCAGGCGCCGCUCACUGGCACCGCAGCUGACUUCUGGUUGAUGGUGUAUGAGCAGAAAGUAUCCCUGGUGGCCAUGCUGGUCUCAGAGCAGGAAGUGGAGAAGGGGAAAGUUAUUCGCUACUUCCCGACGGAGCGUGGCCAGCAGCUAUUUCAGGGUCCCAUCGUACUCACCUUGACCACGCAGAAGGUCAUGCCCACGCAUGUGGAGCGCAUGAUCAGCCUGCAGUACCGUGACCAGAGCCUGAAGCGCACAGUUGUUCACCUGCAGUUCACUUCCUGGCCAGAGCUGGGGCUCCCUGACAGCAAGAACAACCUGCUGAACUUCAUCCAGGAGGUCCAUGGCCACUACCUGCACCAGAGACCCUUACACACCCCUGUGGUAGUCCACUGCAGCUCUGGUGUCGGGCGCACGGGUGCCUUCUGUCUGCUGUAUGCGGCGCUUCAGGAGCUGGAGGCCGGAAACGGGAUUGCAGACCUUCGUGUGCUGGUGAAGAAAAUGAGGCAGCAGAGGAAGAACAUGCUGCAGGAGAAGCUGCACCUCAAGUUCUGCUACGAGGCUGUGUUGAAACAUGCUGAGCAGGUCCUGCAGAGACAUGGUAUCUCCAUGGCAACCUGCAGCAAGACCACCAGCUCGGCCUCCUCAAAGUCAUACUCUCGCCAGGGGUCCCAGCAGGAUCUGGUCCUUGGGGGCGACAUGCCCAUCAGCUCCAUACAGGCCACCAUUGCCAAGCUCAGCGUCCGCCCACCCAGCACCCAGCCAACGGAAGGCGAGGUCUGUUUUGGCCUAGAGGAGCAGCCCGUCUGCUUUUCACCUCCCCUCGACUUGCUGGACGACGGCCCCCAGGACGUUCCAGAUCCGGCCACCUCAUUUGGCUCCCCUCUGUCCCCCACUGCUGAAUCCCCGCCACCACCCAACGGCCUGGAUGUUGCGUCCUCACCGUUGAUGCUCCCGGAGACUCCGCCCACUCUGCCAUCUGUGUCCUCUGCUCCUGCACCUUCGUCUUUGGAGCUGCUGGCCUCGCUGUCGCCUGAAGCCUUCUCCAUGGAGGGCGGGCGGCGGGGCAAGCAGCGUGUCACGAAGCAGAGCUUCCUGCAGCCAGUGGAGGGUGAGGGUCUCCACGGGACCCGGGGGGGCGAAAGCACGGACCCCCUCAGUGGCCUGGAUCCUCUGUGGAGCCUCAGUAAGUAAAUAUUUUGACAUCCAGAACAAUCCCAGCAUGUACUGCACAGCCAAGUGAUGCUUUAACAAUGCGCAGCUGAGCGGAGCUUGUUGUAAGAUGACCAAUCAGCAAUGAGUUUGUAUUUUAGAAGCCUCACUAAUUGUUAAAAGAUGUUCAAAAGUAAAUAAACUUAGUCUACACAA